AAGUGGACAUCUUCCUGUUAGGAGCUUCACACCGUGGACAGUGUGCAGCUCAGCUCAGCAGCGCAGACCUCAGAACAGCUGCCAGCACCUCGAGUCAGGACCAGCACCCGGUCGUAAAACUAUAUUACAUUAUUAUAUAUGCUUCUUUCUUUUUCUUUUCAACAUUUUUGUGUGAUAUGAUCAUGACUGAAAACAGAUCCAUCCUGAUGAAAAGGAGGCAACUUUUUCAUCUGAUCUUAAUCACAGGAUUCAGCUCCUUUACUGUGGGAUCCUCAGAAUUUCACUUUAUUAAUGAUGCAAAGACCUACGAGGAAGCAAAGACUUACUGCAGAGAGACGUACACCGAUUUAGCCACAGUUCACAACUUGACCGAUAUGAAGAAUUUGACCACUUUACUGCCAAAAUCAACUGACGGAAAAUUGAUAGGACUUGAUGAUGCAUGUGAGGCAUCGGAUCAAGGUAGCGAUAGUCACUGUGGAAAUUGGAGAAGCUUUGUGUGUCGUGGUAACAGGAGAUCUAGUCUUCCCAUCUCAUGGAAGACUUACUGCAGGAACAUAAUCUCAGGGGAAAAUAAUCAGUCCACGUCACAAAUUGUGUGGAUCGGCCUCAUGAAUGAUCCCUGUGGGUUGUUGGACGGAAGCAGCCCAUCGUUAUGUCAAUGGAAACCAUGCCAGCCUAACAACGUAAAUCAUCACGACUGUACUAAGGACAUAUUAAAUUGUGAAGGGAAGGGGAAUAAAAACAAUUGCAAGAAAAAAUUCAAGUUUAUCUGUCAGGCGGCAAGGAAAUUAAAUCCAACAACCACCCGUCUGCCAACGACACAGAAGACGACGACAACAAGUCAACUGCCAACAUAUGCGACGACCCUUCCCAACACCUCUCCUCAAGAGGUCACGACAACAUUGACUUCCACUACUCCUACAAAACAACAAACCACGACUAAAGUUACCACAGAAGAAGAAACAACUGCCACUGACACGACAACAGCAGAUACCACAGAUGUCGUACACAGCACCUCAAGCACUGCGGUCAACAACACAACUCAUGAGCCAGUGACCACCACUACCCAGAGCACAACACAGCUUUCAACUCUAACUUCCAGUGGAAACAACCAGUCUGUUCCUCCAGGAAAUCUGAUACUGAUCCAGCUAAACCUGACAUGGAUUGAUGCGAUGGCUUACUGCAGGGCGCACCACUACAACCUCGUCCAGGUUACCAGCAGCCAAAUUCAAGAGGAGGCGGCUGAAAAGGCGAAGAACGCCACCUCCCCCCACGUCUGGCUCGGCCUACGCUACACCUGCAAGUUAAAGUUCUGGUUCUGGACCAGGCCGAUGUCCACCUGCUACCAGAACUGGGCCAUGGGAGAAGGCCCUGCAAAGACAUAUGACUGUGGUUUUACAGGCGCCAUUCAGGCCACUGGGGGGCAGUGGGUCGGCUUGCAUGAGACAGACAGACUGAACUUCAUCUGCUCUGUAUGUGCUGGGUGAGUGAGGACGGCCUGUGACUCUGCAGGUGAAGUCCAACCUGCAGUUGGAAUCAUUCUGUGUGCUGGUUAUAUUCAUAUUGUUUUUCAUUGUUGAUCUUACAUUCAUGGUAUCAUGGGUGUUUUAAUGUUCACGUGUGACGUCAUUCUUUUACCUUUGUUAAAACACAGCUGCCUUCUCUACUGUUGAGCCUGAAUUUCAUUAUAUAUGGAAAAACUUGUGUGGAGGCGUGCACAUUCACAGUCAUGGGCAGCCAGAGUGAUGCAAGAACACUGAUCUGUUCUAUGUCUUUAACUCGGGCGGGGGGGUACUAUUUUUACUUGCAAACACAGUACAAGCUUCCUUACUUUUUUGAAAUAAUAUCUCUCUAGUUCGAGUGAGUUUUAGUGCAUGUUGGUCUGUGUUGACUUCUUAAACGACCGACUGACAAUAAAAUCUAAAUCACAAAAUA